AUGCAGUUGAUACCGUUAUCACCUGAACCAUAUCGGCCAUGUUUAUUGUUAAAGUGUUCAUCGGCAAGUAUACUGUUAGAUUGUGCUGUUAAUAUGGAUGCGCUUUCGUCAUUCCUUCCAGCUGCACUUUGUAGAAGCAGACUUUUUUCAAACUUGCCAUUGUAUCCAAAAAAUGCACCGAAGUAUUGUCUCAAACGACACGGCGAAUAUGUUCUUGUUGAUGGGCCAUUUGAAGUACAUCCUGCACAAAUUUGUUCCACAUCGAUGGAUUCUGUGGAUGCAAUAUUGGUGUCAAAUUGGAUGUCUCUUCUUGCAUUGCCAUUUUUUACAGAAGGAACAAAUUUUAGCGGUGUCGUUUAUGCAACUGAUCCAACACUUCAACUUGGGAGAUUAGUUAUGGAAGAAUUGUUGGAUUUCUUUGAUCGAGUUGAUCGAGAAGAACGAGACCAAUCAUGGAAAAAUCCAGCACUAUUCAUGAGUUUCCCCAAUGUUCCGACAAGUGAUCCGCGCGAAUGGAGACCGUUUUAUAGUCGUGAACAGAUGGAAAAUUGCCUGACAAAAGUGCAGCGAAUAUCAUUUCGGGAAUCUAUUAACAUUCACGGUGCUGCAACUGUUGCGGCAUAUUCAAGUGGCUAUUCAAUAGGAUCGUGUAAUUGGAUUGUACAUACCGAACAUGAAAAGAUAGGCUAUUUAUCAGCAACAUCCUCAAGAAAUUCACAUACGAAACCGGUUCAAUGGGAUCAACUUCAUGGUUGCGAUGCUCUUAUUUUGACGUCCAUUUGUCGCUUUCCAGAACACAGCCCUGAAACAUCGGUAUGCCAUGCAUUUGCCGUUAUCGCUGAUACACUUAAAAGGAAUGGUUCUGUAUUGAUGCCAAUUUGUCCAACGGGUGUACUGUAUGAUUUGCUUGAAGUUAUUUCUGUGCAGUUAGAUCAGCACGAGGUACCAGUGGAUGUUCCUGUAUAUUUCAUUUCACCGGUUGCCGAAAGUACAUUAGCGUACUCAAAUAUUUAUGCCGAAUGGUUAUCUGAAAAGAAGCAAAAUAUGGUGAAUAUACCAGAAGAGCCAUUUAAACAUGGAUUGAUGUCAAGAAAUGGUCGUUUGAAAGUUUACGAUAAUAUUUAUGGUGAUUUUUGUCGGCAAAUGCGAAUUCCAUGUAUUAUUUUUACUGGACAUCCUUCGUUACGGAUCGGUAAUGCUGUGCAUUUUCUAGAGAUGUGGGGAAAUGAUUCAAAGAAUGCAUUAAUUAUGACUGACCCGGAUUAUCCAAUUCAAAGCGUGUAUGGACCGUAUGAAAAACUUUCAAUACGUGCCUUCUUUUUCCCAAUUGAAACAAGAUUGGAUUUUUCACAGCUUAAUCCUUCUAUAUUACCGGAUCUAGCGCCAAAGCUUUUGGUCAUGCCCGAAGUUUAUACACAACCACCACCAAAUUCAUCCCAACGUACCGAUUUCGUUAUUGCAUAUAAUACGCGGGCUACUUUUCGUUAUGGCGAUACUUUUACGAUACCUUCAACAACAAAAACAAAACGAGUUCGCUUGCAUCCAGAUACUCUUCGAAAUAUUGAGUUACGUGCACCUCAUGAUCACGGUGAUAUUGGAAUUUCGCCACUUAAGGGAGUUCUGUCAGUGUAUGAUAAUAUUCUAGAACUUCAUCCAGAUAUGAAAUCAAAAAUAAGGGAUGUAUGUGUUGGGAAGCUUGAUCCCGAAAUAUUUGCUCAAACUUUAACAAAAGACACUCUCAAUGCUACUGUAUGCAUUGAAAAUGAUGGCUUUCGGACGGUUAUCAGCAGCCAAAAUCGAGAAAAUCGUCAAAUAUUAUCGGAAGCUGUUGCUAUUUGCUUGAAAAUGCUAUAA